AUGCUACGCAUCCAGUAUGACCAUGGCAUCUCCGGAGGAAUCCUCAAAUACUCCUCAAUAAAAACAGUAACCAUGACAGCAAAGCCCUCUUUCACCGACACUGCCGACUUUACCGCAGCAGAGAGAGGAUUCAUCGCCGCCCUCAGCCCGGGGAUCAUCAAAGAUGCCACAGGCAAAGAAGUCUGA